GUAAAAAGAAAUAUUUUACUAGCAUUGUCCAGAAUUUAUGUUUAGUUGGGUUGAAAUUAGAAUGUGUUGAGAAUAUGCUCGUAAAAGGUGUAAAGAAACUUAAAGUUGAGCUUGCAAAAAUGUAA